AUGGAAGAAACCUUUGAUCUCGAAGACUUCGAGUCAAACUACAGAGACUGGGAAACAGCCCUGUAUCUGGCACUUGCUGCCAACAAUCGUUACUAUGCCCGUAUGAUCUCUCAUGGUAUCGAUCAACCACUUCCUCCAUGUUUCGCUGAUAACUCUCCUAGAGAAGCAAAAGCCCUUAUCAUUGAGGAUGGCACACCAGAAAGUCAGAUCACUCCCGCUGACAUUCGCGCUCGUGUGAAGGAAAUCACUGAAGAAAACAAAGCUCUUCGGAAGAACUACAAUACCAAUUGUAUAAAAUGGCAGACUAUCAACAACAGAGCCUGCCUUCAAAUCAGAAAGACCCUCGGCGUCGAGGCCACCUCUCUGAUCUCUCAAACUACCGAUGCCCGUGAAGCUUUCAAGAAGCUUCGCAAGACAUACAUGGUGUCCUCUCACCAGCAGAGCUAUGCUCGCUAUAACAAAUUUGUGGAUAUGCGCUUCAAGAACGGAACCGCUUCCGAUUUUAUACGCAAAUUCCAAGAAGCACACCGAGACCUCGUUGCAACUACUGGCUCUAUGACUCCAGUCAUGGAACUAUGUCAAUUCAAGAAAGCAAUUGCUGAAAACGCUCGCUGUCACGCCUUUCUACAAAAUCUCAAAGUUAAUGAGAAAGAUCCUCACUUAAUGGAAAGAGUCUAUGUUGAAUUCGUUAAAGCAAAGACUAACAACCGCUCCAUCAACCCGACCCUCCCUACAUCUGCCAAUGCCACUUCCACCAACCAAGCUUCAUCAUCUAAUAAUGACAAGAAGAAGGACAAGAAGGGUGGAACUCAACCCAAUUCAAACAAUAAGGACAAGGACAAGGAGAAGUCCAAGAAGAAGACAGACUUCGUCCGAGAAGAGAAUGUUAUUUUCUGCUCCCACCAUAAAUCCAUAGGAAACCACUUCUCGUCAAAGUGUCCUUUGAAACCUAAAGGCUCUGCUAAUACAACCACAAUACAGCAGCCACAACCUCAAAUUCAACAAGUCCCUAUCCCUAUCCCCGGCCAGAUUAUUGGCCAUAUAGACAGCAGUGGUCGUAUCAUUUCAAGCCAACCACAAUAG